UAGAGUAGGAGACAUGGGGGGAAACAUUGAUCUAGGACAGCUUCAACUCUAUAAUGUCUCAGGGCCUUUGUCCCUGCUGUCCCCUUUGCACAGAAUGCCAUCUCUCCUUUCCUCAAUUAGAAAAAUCCUUUCUUUUUAAGCUAAGAUCAGUUUGGGUUUUUUCCUUGGUACCAGGGAUCGAACUUACACUUGCGAGGCAGGCGGCGGCACCACUGAGCUAAGUCUGGACCCCGAAGGGAGUCACUUCUCAUUGGGUUCCUAUUGCCAAACGGAACUCUCCUGUUUUACUGCAAGAUGAAAGGAGGAGGAGGAGGAGGUAACCAUGAAUGAGCCACUAGACGGUUCAGCAAAUGCUUCUGAUUUCCUUGAUUACACGGCUGCUUUUGGAAACUGCACUGAUGAAAAAAUCCCAUUCAAGAUGCACUACCUCCCUGUUGUUUAUAGCAUCAUUUUCAUCGUGGCCUUCCCAGGGAACGCAGUGGCGAUUUCCACUUACAUUUUCAAAAUGCGGCCCUGGAGAAACAGCACCAUCAUCAUGCUGAACCUGGCCUGCACAGAUCUGCUGUAUCUCACCAGCCUCCCUUUCUUGAUUCACUACUACGCCAGUGGCGAAAACUGGAUCUUUGGGGAUUUUAUGUGCAAGUUCAUCCGCCUUGGCUUCCACUUUAAUCUGUACAGCAGCAUCCUCUUCCUCACCUGUUUCAGCGUCUUCCGCUACCUCGUGAUCAUUCACCCGAUGAGCUGCUUUUCCGUUCACAAAACCCGAUGGACCGUGGCAGCCUGCGCCGUGGUGUGGAUCGUUUCCUUGGCGGCUGUCAUGCCCAUGACCUUCCUGAUCACAUCGACCACCAGGACCAACAGAUCCGCCUGUCUCGACCUCACCAGUUCAGAUGACCUGGCUACUAUCAAACGGUACAAUCUGAUUCUGACGGCAACCACCUUCUGCCUCCCCUUGGUGAUAGUGACACUUUGCUAUACAACCAUUAUCAACACCCUGACCCACGGGCCUCAGUCUCACGGCUGCCUUAAGCAGAAAGCCCGAAGGCUGACCAUUCUGCUUCUCGUUGUGUUCUAUAUAUGUUUUUUACCCUUUCACAUCUUGAGGGUCAUUCGGAUCGAAUCGCGGCUGCUUUCCAUCAGCUGCUCCAUCGAGAAUCACAUCCAUGAAGCGUACAUCAUUUCUAGGCCGUUAGCUGCCCUGAACACCUUCGGGAACCUGCUACUCUAUGGGGUGGUCAGCAACAACUUCCAGCAGGCCAUCUGCUCGUCGGUGAGAAGCAAGCCCACCGGAGACCUGGAACAAUCACAGAAAGUCAGUGGUUCAGUCAACCCUUAAAAUACUGCAUUUGCUGAGAAAGAAAAGCCUGUUGAUUCUUCAUCUGUCACUGCUGACAAGUCCAGGCUGCUUCCCUCAAUGGAAUUCCUAGCAAAUGCUGUGAAUUUAGGUUAUUCUAUGCCAGAGCCGAGGGAGAGGCCACCAGUUCUUUGCAAAUGUUCAUUGAGGUCCUCCCGUGGAUAGAAAUAAGAAUAAGAUCCUUAUCAGUAAAGUAUUUGAGCAUCCAAUUACCAACUGGUGGAACUCAGGGCAUCUGUUCCUGCCAACUUGCCUGGAAACUAAAGUCCACACAUAGGCCCUAGAUUAGGGACGGUGAAACUUUUAGAGACAGAGUAUUCCAACUGCAACUCAGAAUGCCCUUAUUCAUCGUGAAGUGCCAACACUGCAAUUAAACUUGAAUAACGAGGUUUUAGUUUAGGAAAAAAAAAAAGCAUAUUAACAUCUUUUGUCUUAAAAGAAAAACAGUGAUAGAGCUCUACGUGAUACAGGCAAUGUUUGUUGAAAGGUGAAAGUUUCCGGUUGACAUGCUUUUCCACAGUUAAUGUGAUCUUGGCUGUUGCCUGCAUGCUGAUAAUUUGUCAAACUUUGGCUAGGGUGACUUGGCUUGUGUGCUGACAGGAAGGGGUCUGCUGACAGAGGGCUCUGUCUCCCUGCUGUGGCAUGCUUGCCAUAGGUUUGCUGCCACUGCCCUAGGUCUUUCACCAAAUUAGUGCCAAGAGAGAACAAACUUUUCACUUCUACUUCCAUGACCUUUCAUGAGCUGGGACAUAUUCCCAUGGGAGCCUUAGACUGUUAUUCAAAGCAUCAUUUGUACCUCUCUCUGUAAUAGUUUAUGUUCACGUCUUAUACCUUUACCAUGUUUUUCCUUCAGGCUUUGCUUUGAAAUGAAUGAACUGGGCUUUAAUCAGUUCUGUAGGUCGAAGCAAGCCAAUUAAAUAAAAUAGCUCAGGGAGUCAUUGCCAAAAGCUGCAACACUAAUCCUGUUUAGAUAUCUUGCUCUUUUAUGACCACACUGUACAUAUAUCUAUUGAAACAUCUGGAGUUAUCCUUGAAUUAUCUCUUUGCUUAAUUGUCAGAUAAGUAUAAAUAUUUGAGAAUAUACAUUGUCUAGCUAAUUUGAGCUCUAGUAGAUGUGUGGAAUAAACUGGAUUUUAAAAAUCACUGAAUAAGUUGGUCAUUGACACUAUUAGAUUAACAUGAAACUUAUUUUCUCCAUGGGUGGAGAAAAGAACUAUUGGACAAAUCAUCGCAGAAUAAGGCUGGAAUUGAUGACUUCAUCAAAGGAAGGGGCAUCAUAGGAAUUCUUUCUUUAUGACUUUCAGAGAUUUCUAGGACACUGCAUCUGACUUAGUCCUAAUGAGGAUGCUCCUCAGGAAUCUGUGUCAGCUGUGUAGGAAGACGUGGGAGAAGAAAGAGGAAAGCUGAUGGAUCUGGACCGAGCUUCCCUACAGCAUCAUGGUCUUCUCUUGUCACCUUUGCAGCGCUCCUCUCUUUGGCUUCUGUAAUAUAGAGAGUUAGCGAUUUCCCUCCAAGAGCACGACUUGUCCACCCUUGCUGUCCACACAGUACAGAGGAGGUAACCUGGGCAGCUCUCUGGUUCUCCUUUUUUCUCUCUCUCAUGCUCAGGACAGCCCUGGGCCAUCGCUGAAGUCCUGCCAGAUGGGCCUUUGUACUAAGCUGUGCUAUUCUCACCCUGGGCGCAUGUCUUUUCUUUCUGUAUUUCUUCAAGUCAAAGACUUCUCCCAACAGAAAAAAAGGCAACCUCAGUUGCCUUUUUGUCCAUCUCAGUUUGCAUCUGUAGUUUCUUUUGUCCUUUCUUCCUGCAGAUGUCUAAAAAAGACAUCUUAUUCUGAAAUAUAUUUUUCCCUCUGUAUCUAAGGUUAUUAUUUUGCUCUCUUAAAGUUCUGGCUCCAACAUGUAAUCCCACUUUCUCAGAUUUUUACCAUUUUUAUUACACUGGAUAAUUGACCUCAGCUCAAGAGCAUGCAUAAUUUUCCAUUAUCCUCAAAAACCUUCCCUAGACUCAGCCCUUCUGUCAUGCCACUACCUGACCUGCUUCCUGCACUGAUAGGUUAGGUACAGAUGACAUUCUGCCCUCCAGGAUUCUGCAGAUUGAACACAAUCAUAAAGAUCUGAGCCAACCUGAAUUCAAAAGGUCAGUUUUAUCUUCCAAAGUAGAGCUCUAGGCUAAUUAUGGUAGAGGCCGCCUUUUGAACUGAGGCCAAAAAAGGGAAUGGAUGAUACUUCCCAGACUAGAAUGGGACCAUGAUGACGUUGCCUCAUACAGUUACAGGCCAAGAAAACUGAAGAGCAAAAGAGCAGAGCUCGGACAGACGAACUGUCUGAGCCUGUUUAGCUUGAGGACCAGAAGCUCAAGUCGGCUCACUGUGCCUGACCUUGGGGAACCCAGAAAACCUGUUCCAAACUCUGAGACACAGUCAUCCCCACCUUAUUCUUCUUGAAUCAUGGGAAUUGUCUUUCCGUGAUAAAAAUGACAAAAAGUGGUAGAAUGACCUCACAUACUGGUGUCUGAAUUUUUACUAGUUGUCAGCCUCCUACCACUAUUGCUUACUGGUGGCCACCAUCCUACUUACAUAGGAACGAUAUCACACCUCCCAGUGACACGGUAGAUAGCAUGACUCCUUACCUGUUGGAUGUCAGAUACGCUGAGUUCAUGUUCUCUAAAAUAUUGGAGAAGUAAUUCUAGGGACAACGGAGGUUAAGAGUAAGAAAUAUUUACCGAGAGGAGAAAUUUUAGCUCCUGAGAAGCGAGGGGGGUCCCGAAUGGAUGGCUGAGGACCCCGCCUUUCAGGGGAGGUUUUCUAAAGGACAACCACAGGGGCACAGCAUGGGUAAAACUAUGACCAACUACUAAGGGUUGCAAGUAAAAUCGCUUAGGUAAUAGUGACCCAGUGUGGGAGCAAGUCACCCAGCAAGUGUGCAUGGAAAGAAUGUAGAACUUUUAGGAAGGCGGCAGGUCUGCGGGUCCUGGUCACCCACUGAGGUGACUGAUGUCUGUCUAGACUUCGUUAGACCUGGUGUUACCACUUGUCUCAUCCCUUGGGGAAGUAUGUGGGCCCGUUUAUUUUGUCUUUAUCUGACCUCUAACUGACACGCCUCUGGUCACAGUUGUAAUAUGUGUUUAUCUUUUGGUCCAAUUCUCUGGAGGGCCCAGCCCUGCCUGCCUGCCUGUAAUAUUUCUACCUAACUUAGCUGUCUAUAUUACUACCACUAUUGUUUCAUCUGUCUCUACAUUUUUUGCUAGAAUGUUUAAAAACAAGUCGUAGUCAACAUACAGUAUCACCUACAAAUGUAUCCACACUGAUCGUCCUCAAAGCAGUACAAAUACAACAUACAAAAUUAUUCCUUCACAUUAUUUCAUACUAAUCCAUGUUUCAUUUUUUCUGCUCCCUCAAAAAUGGUUUUACCACCACCCCCCCGAGCGAAAUCAGGAUUUAAUCAAGCUCCAUGCAUUACGUUUGGUUGAUAUGUCUCUUAAAAUUCUGUUAAUCAAUUACUUUCUCCUUCCUUUACUUAUUACCAUUUAUUUAAUAAAGGAGUCAAACAAUUUGGCCUGUAGAAUUUUGCUCAUCUCCACCGUGGAUUUGGUUGUUUUCGUUUGGUUGUUUAUGAUGUUCUUCCAACCCCUACAGGCCGUUAUUUUGGAAAGCAGAGUUUCAGGUUACGUUAUAAGCAGACAGAGCCGCAUUUUCUCCUUUCUUGCCUCUUUCCUUCCUUGUCUCCUCUUUCUCUCUCAUUUCUUUUCUUCUUACAGGAAUUCUAGCCCCACUCAGCAGGUGUGUAGUGUCCGACUGUCUUACGCUUAGCAAAUGAGCAGAGGUUUCAGGAUACAUGAUCCUGAUCAUUCUAUCCUAAAAUCCCCCAGCUUCCUGUGCCUUUGUAGUUUUAUGUCUAGUUUUAUCAGUUGUGUAUUGCUGUCUUGGUUCACUAGGUGGCUUAAAAAUUUUAAGAUUCUUAUGCUUUUAUUAGCUAUG